GCGAUAGGGCUUUCUACGCUUUUUUUCGGUUACUUUUUAGUCUUCCGUCUCUUGCCACCGCCCCCGAGCUCCCACACCCUUGCCGGCCCUGCCUUUUCUUGUGUCGCUCCUCCCUGCUGUCGAGGCCGAGACUUGGCGCUCAGCUCGGAGCCGGGCCUAUCUGUUCCGCGGGGGCACUACCUCCUUUGGCUUGGGAGGAAGCUAGGACCAAGCGCGCCAGGCCGUCGCUCCUCCGGCCCUGGAGCUCCUGGGCUGGGGGUGCUGGUCGACCCUCCUGCGCAGUCCUUCCGAGGACGCUUUCUAGGACCAAACGAGGAAGAGUGUCUCGAGACUCUGCAUGGGGUUUCAAAGGGCGGUGACGAGCUAAGGUAAAUACUUUGAAACUUAAGACUUUUCACUGAGGGCUUGUGAAGUUGCCUCAGUUCUUCGAGUUACAGGAAAAUGCACAGGUUAGGACUCUGUCCGAUUGUUGUUUACCCCCCGUGUUUUGUUUUUGCCCCCUUCACCCUUUGUGGAUAGGCUCUUCAACUCUCUUUCUAGGCCAGAACACGAAGGGAUUCAUGUGUCUCCCAACUUUUGAAUCGUCCACGUUCCCUGCCUUGUUUGAUUCUCUCUCACCUCUUUGUCUAAAAUAACAGCUGUUUAUUUGUAUUGGUACACCAAUAAGGGGAACAAAAAAGAAACUGAAACUCAAGCUAAAUUGGCGACUUAACAGGCGUGUGGUGUGUGGUUUUCUACGGAAAGAUCGUAAGUGAAUACUAAGUCGAUGUGUUUGUAUUACAGGUAACAUGCUACUUUUGUAAAUACUCUCGUAUUGUAUGCUUCAUUACCACAAGGCUUUUUAACGUGGCAUUGACAGCCUUGUACUAAUAGCCGAUAAUAGUAACAUUACUUUAAAUAGUAGGAAAUGUCCUGUAACGGGCUCUGUGUGGAAUAGGCACUGAAGAAAUGUUCGUUUGGAAUCAUGUGGUUCGAUUAUUUUUCAGCACUUGGAUGCGAUCUAAUUCUUAAUCAAAUGGAACGUCUCUUUCACAAGCUAUGGAUGGACUGACAGAGGGUUGUCAUAAAUAAGAGCUGGACUUGAAGGCCAAAAUUCAUCCUGAGGAGAACUGACAGAUUCUUUGCUUUGGGAGUGCUCCAAAACCUUUGAUGCUUAUCUGGAAUUCGGGAUACACUGAUUUAGAUAACUGCUCUAAAGUAGAAGAAUACAUGUGGUCUUUUAGUGAACAAGAGCAUGUUCCCAAACUCAAUUUUGGGUCGCCCGCCUUUCACUCCAAACCAUCAACAACAUAAUAACUUCUUUGCCUUGUCACCAAGUCUUUAUUCACACCAGCAGCUUAUAGAUGCACAGUUCAGCUUUCACAAUGCAGACUUGUCUAGAGCUGUGUCAUUACAGCAGUUGACAUAUGGAAAUGUCAGUCCAGUACAGACCUCAACUUCCCCAUUAUUUCGAGGAAGGAAGAGAUUAAGCGAUGAAAAGAAUCUUCCUCUUGAUGGUAAACGGCAGCGAUUUCAUUCACCCCACCAAGAGCCAACUGUAGUUAACCACAUAGUGCCUUUAUCAGAUGAAAGAAGAUACUCAAUAUCACCGUUGUUUCAUACACACUAUGUACCAGAUAUAGUCAGAUGUGUUCCACCUUUUCGAGAAAUAUCAAUUUUAGAACCUAGAGAAAUCACACUGCCUGAGGCCAAAGAUAAGUUGAGUCAGCAGAUACUGGAGUUAUUUGAAGCAUGUCAGCAGCAAGUAAGUGAUUUAAAGAAGAAAGAACUCUGUCGAACAGAGCUGCAGAGAGAAAUUCAACUGUUAUUUCCACAAAGCAGACUUUUUCUAGUUGGGUCUUCUUUAAAUGGAUUUGGUACUCGGAGCAGUGAUGGUGACUUAUGUCUAGUUGUUAAAGAGGAACCAUGUUUUUUUCAGGUAAAUCAGAAGACUGAAGCACGGCAUAUACUCACCUUAGUCCACAAACACUUCUGUACUAGACUUUCUAGUUACAUUGAGAGACCUCAGUUGAUUCGAGCAAAAGUGCCAAUUGUGAAGUUCAGGGAUAAAGUCAGUUGUGUGGAGUUCGACUUGAAUGUAAACAAUAUUGUUGGAAUAAGAAACACAUUCCUUCUUAGAACUUAUGCAUACCUUGAAAAUCGAGUUCGUCCGUUAGUACUGGUGAUUAAGAAGUGGGCCAGUCACCAUGAUAUAAAUGACGCCAGUCGCGGUACUUUAAGCAGCUAUAGUCUUGUACUGAUGGUUUUGCACUAUUUACAAACCUUACCUGAACCCAUCCUUCCAUCCAUCCAAAAAAUUUACCCAGAAUCUUUCAGUCCUUCUAUACAGUUGCACCUUGUACAUCAAGCGCCAUGUAAUGUUCCUCCUUACCUCUCAAAGAAUGACUCAAACCUUGGGGACCUCUUACUGGGCUUUCUUAAGUAUUAUGCUACAGAAUUUGACUGGAAUAGUCAGAUGAUUUCAGUUCGUGAAGCCAAAGCCAUUCCCAGGCCUGAUGGUAUUGAAUGGAGAAAUAAAUACAUCUGUGUAGAAGAACCUUUUGACGGAACAAAUACAGCAAGAGCUGUGCAUGAAAAACAGAAGUUUGAUAUGAUCAAGGAUCAGUUUUUAAAGUCAUGGCACAGAUUGAAAAACAGAAAAGAUUUGAACAGUAUACUACCUUUAAGAGCUGCUAUACUGAAAAGAUAACUGGCCUCUAUUUCUUAAUAAAGAACAGUAGUAACAUCAUAAUACGUUUUGUCUACCUUCAUCGUGGUUUCUUUUUAAUGGUUCUUGUUUUCAUGUUUUAUUCUUAAGACAUACUUAUAUAAAGAGUACAUAUUUUAUUAUGAUGUUUCCUAAUAAAACCCUUUGAUUUAAAGAUGUAUUUUUGAAAAUGUUUACAUUGAUGAUUAGUAAUAUUAUGGCAUGAAUUUUCAGGAGAUCAGAUAAAAUAUUUUUUGGGGAAUUAUCUGAACAAAUAAAAGGUUUUUGCUAUAACUUUAAUUAAUUGUACCACAUGCUAACACUGAAGAGACAUGUGGACUUUUUUGGAAAGGGUCUGAUUCCUACAUCCUUAAAGUAGGACCUUCAAUAGGUUUGUUGCCUAAGUCUGUUCUAGUGAAGUGAAGGUUUGAGUCAAUUAUUCAGUUACUUGAAGCAAAAUGACAUCUCUGAUUUCACUGAAAGAACUACAGAGGCAGGAAAUACUGGACAGUUGCCCUAAGCCCUCACUUGACUGAUCAGGAAAGACUGAGGCUCUGGUUGUGUACAUAAUAGUAUUUCAUUAGUACCUCACAUGCCUUUGGUGGACUCAAGAUUGCUUUAAAUUUUGUGUUGAGCAACAGUACAUUUUGCACUAGUAAUAUGAGCGCUAACUCUGUAUUAUACAGCAGUUAGGGAAUUGUUUUGAAGAAUUGGUUCAGUGUAGACAUUUCAAAAAGAUUAAGUUGUCUGUGCUUUAUGAUAGCUUAGUGCAAUAUGCCCUUUGCUUUACUUCCCAUUUUCCUGCUUUUAUUUUUCCUGAUAUGAAGCAACAGAAACUGAAAGAUCAAAAUUGAGAUUAUAUCCUAUUGAUAGAUUCAGAGUUUUAUCUGUGUAUAAUUAUAGGAUUGUAAUCUAAACUGGAAGUUUUAGUAGUAAGCCACUAUAAAAUGUUCUAGAUAAGACAUAAAAUUAUUAUAAAUAAAAGCAUAGCAUUUGUAAAGGUUUCUUUUUUAGUAUUUCUUUUCCACAAGAAGAAAUAGUGGUGGCUGCUAAAAAAGCUACAGUGUUUAUUAAGGUUGUUUUUGGUGUAAAUAUUUGUAAAUUGGUCAGUGCCUGUAAAUUUAAAUAUAAAUAAUCUUAAAAAACAGUUCUAACUUUUUCAAAAGGACUGUGUACAACUUUUUUUAGACCUGCUGUGGCACAGUUUGUUACCUCUAAUGUAUUUGGAUUUUUUGCAGACCAAUUCAAAUGCUAAGACUUGCUUUUUGACUUGUAAAAGGUGCAUAUUUUCAUUUUUUUCUUAAGUUUAAAAUUUUGUAUGAUCAAAUGGAAUAAAGUUUAUAUAUGAAAA